AAUGUGCAGGUGUUGGCGCGCGUGAUGUCCGGCACGCUGUACGCGGGGCAGGCGGUGCGCGUGCUCGGAGAGAACUACAGCGCGCAGGACGAGGAGGACUCGCGCCUCAUGAACGUCGGCCGGCUCUGGAUAUACGAGGCUCGGUACAAGGUGGAAUUGAACCGCGUGCCGGCGGGGUGCUGGGCGCUGAUCGAGGGCAUCGACCAGCCGAUAGUGAAGACGUGCACGGUGGUGGCGGCCGAGGAGACGGAGACGCUGCACACGUUCCGCCCGCUGCGCUUUAAUACGCACGCCGUCGUUAAAAUCGCCGUCGAGCCUGUCAAUCCCUCGGAACUGCCAAAAAUGCUGGACGGACUGAGGAAGGUAGUUAUGACUACAUUUUAAUCAGUAGUUUAUGAAAGCGGCGAGCACGUGGUGCUGGGCACCGGAGAACUCUACCUCGACUGCGUCAUGCACGACCUGCGCAACAUGUACUCCGAAAUUGAUAUCAAGGUCGCUGAUCCUGUAGUAUCCUUCUGCGAGACUGUUGUGGAGACUUCAUCGCUGAAGUGCUUCGCGGAGACGCCCAACAAGCGCAACAAGCUGACGAUGAUCGCGGAGCCGCUGGAGCGCGGACUGGCCGAGGACAUAGAGGCCGGCGCCGUCUGCGUCACCUGGGACCGCAAGCGUCUCGGAGAAUUCUUCCAGAACAAAUACGAUUGGGAUCUGCUAGCUGCUCGUUCUAUCUGGGCGUUUGGUCCGGACGCGACUGGACCCAAUAUCCUGGUGGACGAUACCCUGCCCUCAGAGGUCGACAAACAUCUGCUCGCCUCUGUCAAAGAUAGUAUCGUGCAAGGUAUGAAUGAUUUAAUUCGAAGAUAUAUUUUUCUGUUGAAGGUGGCGUAUUCAGCGUUCCUGAUGGCGACGCCGCGUCUCAUGGAGCCCUACCUGUUCGUGGAGGUCCAAGCGCCCGCCGAUUGCGUGUCCGCCGUGUAUACUGUACUUGCUAAAAGAAGAGGUCACGUGACGCAAGAUGCGCCUGUACCCGGCUCGCCGCUGUACACGAUUAAGGCAUUCGUGCCCGCCAUAGACUCGUUCGG